AUGGGACAGUGGCUUCACAAAGAAAACAUUGUAUAUCGAGAUAGAAAGUUUACAGUGGUAUUAAAGUGGUAUUUAAGAUUAUCGUUAAUUCUACUGUCUGUUAGCUGCGCGUCGAUGUUGAUGGGUAUUAUUACAGUGUAUGCUAUAGAUGAUGAACCUUUAUUGACCUUCUUCACAGGAUCUUCCAUCUGGACCGGGGCCUUGGGUGUUAUUGGAGGUGCUAUAGUAUUUGUUGAUUGGAGAAACAUGAACCAGAAUGGUCCCCCACUGACAACGUCUAUUCUUGUUUUGUUACACUGUGUGUUUGAAAUGAUUUGUGCGGCCUUCUGUUUGUUUGUGGCCAUAUGGAAUGGUACCGGAUGUACAUCGCAGAUAGCUAUACACCCGGAAUGUCACGUACAUAGACCAUCAAAUUUCACCACGUCGGUCCUGGACUACACAGUUUCCGUUUUAUUAUUGCUGAUCUGCUUAACUAUACCAAUAUUCGUCAUUUUUAACAGAAAUAUUUUUGGAUCCAAGUCGAUUGAUGAGAGAUUAAAAGACAUUGAAAAUAAAUUAGAGAUUAAAAUGAACGAUAUUGAUCAGAAUUCAGAUUCAGUUUACAACGCUGGUUAUUGA